CGGAGGUGGAGGCGGCGGCGGCGGCGGCGGAGACGACGACGGUGGUUGUGCGAGGCGGUUGUCAAGAGAACUCUGUAGGGCUUUUCAAUUUUAGUUGAAAGUCUCUCGAUGGCCUUUUGGAGUCAAUUAGCAUAUUUCCAAAGUGGAUUUCAGUUACUCUACAUUUCAUCAAUGUUGCAGUGGAAAGAAAAAGGUGGAAUUGAUUUGGGUUGAAAAGGUAUAAGAAAUCAUAAACUCAGAAGGUGAAUAUGGGUGAAAAGAAACCAGAGCCUCUGGACUUUGUGAAGGAUUUUCAGGAAUAUCUCACUCAACAGACCCACCACGUGAACAUGAUCUCUGGAUCAGUUAGUGGGGACAAGGAAGCAGAGGCUCUUCAGGGAGCUGGGACAGAUGGUGAUCAAAAUGGACUUGAUCAUCCAUCUGUUGAAGUGUCCUUGGAUGAAAACUCAGGAAUGCUGGUGGAUGGAUUUGAAAGAACAUUUGAUGGAAAACUAAAAUGUCGAUACUGCAACUAUGCCAGCAAAGGAACAGCACGGCUCAUUGAACAUAUUAGAAUUCACACAGGUGAAAAACCUCAUAGAUGUCACUUAUGUCCAUUUGCAUCAGCUUAUGAGCGUCAUCUGGAAGCCCAUAUGCGUUCCCAUACUGGUGAAAAACCAUAUAAAUGUGAAUUAUGUUCCUUCCGCUGCAGUGAUAGAAGUAAUCUUUCCCAUCAUCGUAGACGUAAACAUAAAAUGGUACCAAUUAAAGGUACUAGGUCUUCCUUAAGCAGCAAGAAAAUGUGGGGGGUUUUGCAAAAGAAGACUAGCAAUCUAGGGUACAGCAGGAGAGCACUAAUCAAUUUGAGUCCACCUUCCAUGGUGGUUCAGAAACCAGACUACCUGAAUGAUUUUACCCAUGAAAUCCCAAAUAUCCAGACUGAUACAUACGAAAGCAUGGGAAAAACGACACAGACUGGUGGCCUGCCAAGGGACCCACAAGAACUCGUGGUUGACAACCCAUUAAAUCAACUAUCCACUCUAGCAGGACAGUUAUCCAGCUUGCCACCUGAGAAUCAAAACCCAGCAUCUCCUGAUGUUGUUCCAUGCCCUGAUGAAAAGCCUUUUAUGAUUCAGCAGCCCACCACCCCGACAGUUGUUUCUGCUGUCUCAACAAGUAUUCCUCAGAGCUCAUCUCCUACAAGUCCCGAACCUCGGCCAUCACACAGUCAGAGGAACUAUAGCCCUGUGGCAGGCCCAAGCAGUGAACGCAGUGCUCACACUAGUACUCCCAGCAUAAGUAACAGCCAGCCCAGCACGCCAGCCCCAGCCCUGCCAGUUCAGGACCCUCAGCUUCUGCAUCACUGCCAGCACUGUGACAUGUACUUUGCAGACAAUAUCCUUUAUACUAUUCACAUGGGAUGUCAUGGGUUUGAAAACCCUUUUCAGUGUAAUAUAUGUGGAUGCAAAUGUAAAAACAAGUAUGAUUUUGCCUGUCAUUUUGCAAGAGGGCAACAUAACCAGCACUGAUACAAAACAGUCACAUCAUGCUUUUUUUUGGUCUUGCUUUUCUAAAAUUUCAUGUUUCUAUCAUCCUUAAUGAGGUAUCUACUAAUUUAAGAGAUCAUAUCUUAUGUUUCUAAAAUGUAAAUUUGACAGUGGAGACAAAUUUUUCUUGUCUGGUCAGGGUCAUUUAUGUGUUAGUGAUAAGGUAGAUAGGAUAUAAUUUAGUUUUAAGUCUUUUUUUUCUUUUUGUUCAGUAGAUAAGAAUUGGAGUGCAAUUAUAUUUUAUGAGCCUUCAUUUAAUUUUCCUACAUUUAACACCCAUAAACACUUUAUAAUGCUCAUUCAAUCUUCUUAGUAUUUCUAUUUACAUGUUAUUUCAAUUUGUAGAAGUGAUUUUGGUACCUUGUUAACUUCUACCAUGUUCUAAAAUGGUGAUUUAAAAAAAUUUUACUAAACCAAACCAUUUAAAAUGUUUAGUGGGAGGGUUAUUUUAAAAUAACUCUUAAUUGAUAACUUUAUUCCCAUGUUUUGAAUUCAAGCAAUUGUAUCAGCUAAACUAAUAAUGGCUUUAACUGGUUUCAGUUUCGGAAAUUGCCUUUUUGCCCAGGGAAAAAAAAAGAAUACGCAGUUUCUAAUGUUUAAAAAAAAAAGUUGUUAUGAAAAAAUUCAAAUACCAUUUUCUUGAAAAGAAAAAAAAAAGCCCAGCAUCUCAAAUUAGUUUGAAAAUAUAUUGUUUACUUCCAUGAUAAAAAUAAAUAAAAUUUCAUAUUUGUAUCUCUUUUUACUGUUUUGGCAUGGGUGAAAAGGUAGUGUCCAAUUUCUGUUGUAUUCACACUAUUGCACUUUUGAGUCUAUUAAAAAAAUUGAGCUAAGCAAAAUAAGUACUUGUUGGAGUAAGGGUAUCUGCUAUCUUACAGAUGUGUCCCUGAAAAUGUCUUUUUCUUUUAAUACUGUACUUUUUCAUUUUAAAUUUGUUCUGGUGUUAUAGGCAUCAGACAGACCAGAUAACUAAUAGGAGUGGCAAUUUCCUCCUAAUAAUUUGAUUACCAAAGACGAACAUCAGAAUGUCAUCCUUUACAAUUACUUUUUUUAGUCCUGGAAAAUAGCCUUCAAAAGGUUUUGGGGUUUUCUGCCCUUCCUUCUGUCCCUUACCUGACAAUCUUUUUUGAGAAAGCUACAGAAACUUGGAUGUGUAUAAAAAAAAUUUAAUUUGAAAAAGUAAUUUAACCUAAGUCAAGAGCCUAUUUAAAACCAGCCUUAAACUCUUGUGUAAAUUAUAGUUUAGUGCCAAUAUUUUCUUUGGAUUCAAACUGUCAUGCUCAUUUGCAGGUAUGCCAAACAGUAAACAAUAAUAAUAAUGAUGAUAAUAAUAAUAAUUGUGUAUGUGUGUAUAUAUAUAUAUAUACACACACACAC